UUAGGUCACGUGUUCGCGGCAGCAUGGCGGAGGGAAAGAACGAAUUGCAGCCCGGUGCCGGUAAAAAGAGACAGCGAGAGACCAAGCCUGCUGUAGAUGAAUCUGAACUUCUCACAGUCCCAGAUGGCUGGAAGGAAGAACCUUUCACUAGAGAGGAUAACCCUAAAGGAUUGCUGGAGGAGAGCAGCUUUGCUACAUUGUUUCCCAAAUAUAGAGAAGCUUAUCUGAAAGAGUGCUGGCCAUUAGUGCAGAAAGCACUGGGUGAAAGUUUUGUGAAAGCAGAAUUGGAUUUAAUUGAAGGCAGUAUGUCAGUUGCCACUACCAAAAAGACAUUUGACCCUUAUGUUAUUGUAAGGGCAAGGGACAUGAUAAAGCUGUUGGCCAGAAGUGUGCCAUUUGAGCAGGCUGUAAGAAUUCUUCAAGAUGACAUGGCCUGUGACAUUAUUAAAAUUGGCACAUUAGUUCGAAACAGGGAAAGGUUUAUUAAAAGGAGACAACGGCUUUUGGGACCUAAGGGAUCUACUCUGAAGGCCCUGGAGCUUCUCACAAACUGUUAUAUUAUGGUCCAGGGAAAUACAGUAUCUGCUUUGGGACCUUUUAGUGGCCUUAAAGAGGUAGCUUUAAUGAUCAAGCGUGAGUUGUCAAAAGACCCAGAGUUGAGAACAAAAUGCUGGGACAGGUUUCUGCCACAGUUUAAACACAAGAAUGUAAGCAAGAGGAGGGAGCCAAGGAAAAAGAAAAUCAAGAAAGAAUACACACCGUUCCCACCACCACAGCCAGAUAGCCAGCUUGACAAAGAAUUGGAAAGUGGCGAGUACUUCCUGAGAAAAAGUCAGAAGAGGAAAAAGAAACUGGAUGAAGUUAAAACCAAACAAGCAGAAGCGGUGUCUAAACGGCAGGAAGAGAGAAACAAAGCGUUUAUCCCACCAGAGGAGAAACCAGUAGUAGAGCCCAAGAGAGAGCCUACUUCCACCAAAAUUGAUGUGAAUGCCAUUAAAGAGAAGGUAAAGAAAGCGAAAAGCAAAAGGCUUGGUGCUCUUCCAGAAGCGGAAGUAAAACAAAAGUUGUUAACCUCUGAGAAGAAGAAAAAGAAAAAAUGAUUAACUUCUCUAAUGUUAUCUCUUCCUCAAUGAAAGUUUUUUUAUCUGAUCAUUUUCUUCAAAGAAGAUAGUCCAGACUUACAGUGACCAGCUUUUUAACAUGUUGUAUAAAGUACAUAAUUGAUAAUAUUGUACUUUCCCUUUUUAUAAACUGGCAGCUGUCAUCUAGAAAAUGUGAAUAAUUGGGGUAAGA